AUGAUCUUUGAACUUCGAGCUCAAUGUCGAAAAUAUUUCAUAGUCUCACAAAGACACAAUGUCGGUGGUUUUUACUUGCGCGGGAUUCAAUACCACAACGGAUAUUUAUCAUGGCCGAGUGUCGGGCGUUUAUAUAGUAUGGAUGAAGAGUCUUCAACAGAGAAUGCCGUACUGACGGUCAAAAUUGCAGACGAAACAUAUACAGUAGAGGACGUCAUUGUUCACUUUCAGGAAGCAAUACGGAAGAAACAAUACAAUAGAGCUUGGUACAUAUAUAGACUUUUAACAAGCGAGGGAUUAUCAACAAAGAUAAACAUUCCAUGGCAUAAACGACUACUCAAGCUUGUAAUAUAUCGUUUUCGAUUUGAUCAAACUUUGUCAAUAAUUCGGAAUCUGGACGAACAUGGAUGCAAGACGGAAUAUUUCCGUUUCCAGUUAUCUCUUAAUAAUUACCUAUCCAGAGACAACAUUGAAAAAGCGACUGCAGUGCUACAAAAUAUGAUUGAGAAUAAGCAGACGCCCUCAAUGGAUGACCUGUCGCGCUUUGUCCACGCCUACAUCAAGGAUGGUAAUAUAAAAGGAGCAAGUGGCUUUAUCGACUGGAUUUGCGAAAAGAUUAAUUUACAGGAAGGUAGCAGAUUAUACAACAAGAUGCUACUACAAUACGUAAAGUCGAACGAUUUCGAGAAUACUAUGCAUUUGCUAAAUUUAAUGAAAAGAAGAAAAGUUAAACCAACGACGAUAACGUAUAAUCUAGUGUUAUACCUAUGUGCGAAACGCAAAAUGAACAGUACAGUAGAACAAUUAUUAGACCGCAUGAAAUAUGAUAACAUUGAUGCAAACACGUCUACUUACAAUUCUAUUAUCCGAGCGCAUUGCGAUACAAAUGAUUUGGCAGCGUGUAUAUUAUGUUUAAACCUCAUGCACAGAAACCAAAUACAAUUUGAUGAAAACACUUAUAAUACCGUAAUUUUAUCUUUUCGCGAGCAUAAAAAAUUUCUACAAAUUAUCCAAUAUUUGAUGACGCUAUCGUCCGAUUCGGCAGCCAAGCUGUCCCUCAAACAGUACACAUCCAUAAUAUCCUCACUUCCGUUAGCGAAAGAGACGUCAGCCAUAGUCAAUCGCAUUAUUAGAUAUAUCCGGGAAGCGAAACAGAAACCCGACUUGGUUUUCUAUACGGCGUUAAUAGACUAUUACGCAAAGAGAGCGUUACUAGAUCAAACACUCAAAAUAUACCAGGCGAUGCUGAGCGACGACAUUAAACCGAACGUGGUCACUUACACGGUACUGAUUGACGCAUACGCAAAAUCAGGACAUCUCGAAACGGGGUUAAAGGUAUUCAGGAGCAUGCAUCGUGUCGGUAUUUUCCCGAACGAGUUUACCUAUUGCACGAUCAUGGAUGCGUUUUGCAACAAAUCGCAGAUAAACACUGCCUUGGAAUUUUUCGACGAGAUGCAAAGACGGGGCAUAAAACCAGACGCGGCAGUUAUCAAUUGUCUCAUGGAUGGUUACAAUCGACUGGGGAUGAUUGAUAACGUGUUGUUUUUGUACACGGAAAUGAAGAGGCUUUGGAACGUGUCGCCGGAUAACGUGUCGAUUAGCAUAGCGAUUGAAGCGUGUGCGUAUGCCAGGUAUUAUGGAAAAGGGAAAUCGUUAUACAAUAAACUCUAUUCUACCGAUUAUCCAUUCACAGAGAGGAAUUUCCGUAGCUAUGCCUUGUUGUUGGGGAAGGCUGGGGAUUUUGCUGGUUUGGUCAAGCUCGUCAGAACAAUGAAGGAAAGAGAUGUGAAGCCGGAACGGAUCACUAUUCUUUUGAUAUUGUCUUGCGUCGAAGAAGCUUCUGAUACUGGGUACAUUAUGGAGAUAUGGAAUCUGUUAAAAGGCUGGGUUGAACCAAGUGUAUUACCUUACGAAAAUAAUGUCUUUCGAUUCAAAAAAAAGUUUACUAGACGAUAA